AUGAAGUUUGAAGAAAAGCACGAGGACAAUGGGAGCCUUGUAGGAUGGAGUCAGCCAUACCCGGGUGAGAAGCAUCACACGAAUGGGAAACCAGCAGCAAAUGGGAAGGCUGAGGUCUGUGUAAAGCGGGAGACAAAUGGGAAACACGACGUGCACAGGAAAAGCCUCAACAUGUACACCUGGCAGGAGAUCCAGAGACACAAUCAGGAGGCUGACCAGUGGCUGGUAAUCAACCGCAAGGUUUACGAUGUUACCAGCUGGGCCGACAGACAUCCAGGUGGGCGCCGGGUCCUCAACCACUAUGCCGGGGAAGAUGCCACGGAUGCCUUCAGGGCCAUGCACCUAGAUCUUGAUAUUGUGAAGUUGUUCCUUAAGUCACUGCUCAUUGGAGAGCUUGCCCCAGGAGAGCCCAGCCAGGAGAGAAACAAAAAUCCCCACUUGGUGGAAGAUUUCCAAGAACUGCGAAGGACAUUAGAGGCUAUGAACAUGUUCGAUGCCAGCCUGGGUUUCUUCUUCCUUCAUCUUGCCCAGAUCUUGAUUUUGGAAGUCCUGGCUUGGCUGAUUCUGUGUUAUUUUGGCAGUGGGUGGCCUGCUACAAUAUUCAUUUCCUUUCUUCUCACAAUUUCUCAGGCUCAGAGUUCAUUUCUACAGCAUGACACGGGACACCUUUCCAUAUUUAAGAAGUCCAAGUGGAACCAUCUAAUGCACAAAUUUGUAAUGUGCCAUCUCAAGGGUCUGUCAGCAAACUGGUGGAAUUACCGGCACUUCCAACAUCAUGUAAAACCAAACAUCUAUCCCAAAGACCCUGACAUUGACAUGGGCCCACUUUUUCUGCUUGGAGAUUCUCAACCUGUCAAG